ACACACACACACACACACACACACACACACACACACACACAGAGUGGGCGGGCGAGCCACAGCUCCCAGUGUUUCUCUGCAGCAGGAAGACUUUCUGGAGUUUCUCGACUUUUUGGUUUGACUUCGAGUUGAUGUGCGAGGACAGAGUCAUCAUGGUGACCACUGAGACCCACCAGAGCCAGGACCUACUGGUCCCCCCCCAGAACCAGGACCAACUGGACCAGCUGGACCAGCAGGAGGAGAACCAGGCCUCCCCCUCGUCCCCCCUGGCAGGAUUCGACCCUGAGACGAUGAGUCAGGGUCCCGUCAACGCCAUCACGGUCCUCACUCUGCUGGAUAAACUGGUCAACAUGCUGGACGCCGUACAGGAAAACCAGAACAAGAUGGAGGUGCAUCAGGUGGAGAUGGAGGGCGUGGUCAGAGGAAUCCAGGCUGACAUGACCAAACUGUCCAAGAGCCACAGUCACACCUCCAACACCGUCAGCAAACUGCUGGACAAGAGCCGCAAACUGUCCGUCACCAUGAAGGAGGUUCGUGACAAGAUGGAGCGUCAGGGUGUCCAGGUGAAGAAGCUGGAGGCAAACCACGCCCACCUGAUCAACAGAAACAACUUUAAAGUCCUCAUCUUCCAGGAGGAGAACGAGAUCCCCUCCACUGUUUUCGUGAAGGAUCCUCCUCCAUUCCCUCGUAAUGAGAUUUUGGAAGAAGGUGAUGAAUCGGCGCCGGGCGUCAUCGACGGCGACCAUUCCCAGGAGGGCGGGCUCCAGACCAUCGAUCUAUCAUCUGAUGAGGACGUUGGGCUGGAGGCGGAGCUAGAGGAUGAGGAGGUGUGGCCUCAUGAUCUGGAGAACAUGGAGAAAUCCAGAGCCGAGAAACUGAAACGCUCCAGUCUGAAGAAGGUCGACAGUCUGAAGAAGGCGUUCUCCAGGCAGAACAUUGAGAAGAAGAUGACAAAGAUUGGAACAAAGAUUGUUUCUCAGGAGCAACGAGCGAAAAUCAAACAGAAAACCUCCAGCCUGAAGGUUUCACCUCUGGCCUUCAGCAUCAGGAAGCCUCGCAGCAGCUCCGACUCUCAGCCCCCCGAGGCCUCUGUUCAGAGCAGGGAGUCGUUCAUUAUCGAGGCUGACGUCCAGGCCUCCCCGCUGGGCAGCACCGACCAGGAGGUCCCUUUCACCGAGGUCCAUGCCCACCUGGCUCCAGCUGAGCAGGAGGAGAAAGAGGAGGAGGAGGAGGAGGUGAAGGAGGAGCUGAAAGAGGAGGAGAAAGAGGAAGAGAAAGAGGAGGGGGAGGAGAAGGGAGGUGAGGAGGCGUCAGGUGCGGAGGCGGAUCUGUCUGUGGUUUCAGAGGGAGUCAGUCAGGAGUACUCUCUGUCCUCCACCCUCCCUCAGGAGGAGAAAGGGGAGGAGGAGAAAGAGAAGGAAUCCUAAACACUCGUUAAUAUUCAGUUUCAUGGAGGUUCAUUCACAACAAAACAGAUCUGAGCUGUGAUCAAUCGGAGAGUUCAGGUCUGAGCUAAGUUAAAGGAAUAGUUUUGGUGCAUCCUCUUCUUCUCUUUCUCGCUGAGUCAGAUGUUCAGAUUGAUUCCACAGCCAGCAGCUGGUUAGCUUUCUCAAAGAGAAAGAGAGGAAGAUGCUUUCACUAAAUGUUGAACUGUUCCUUUAAAGUUAAGAGCUGUUUUGUUAUUGAUAAAUAUUUCUUUUAUUGAUAAACCUCCACACAAACAGAUUGAUUCCAGAGUUCAGAUAUCUGAUCAUCUGUGCUGAUAUUUAAGGUCUUUACAUGUGAGCCUGAAAACUACCUAUCCCCAGAAUUUAAACUUAUCAGGACCUAAAGACAAAACAACGCUUGUAUUCUGAUCUGUUACGGUGCAUUUUAGGUUAAAGUUUUGUAUGACGUGGGAGAAUUUUAACGUUUAAUUCUUUAACUGAUCUGAAAACCUAAAAAAACACUUUCAAUUUGGAGAUACGUGGUUUUUACUGGACAGCUUUACUUUAAUGUUAAACUUUCCUUUUAGUUUCCUUUUUAUGUUUAUUCUUUUUUUAUUCAAAAACAGCUGACUGAUAUAAACAUGAUAACUCGGCUGAUCAAUAACAUUAAUGUAACAUGAAAACAUUUACAUCAGUGGAACCCAACUGAAAGUCUGAACCUGUCAAUCAUCCUGACCAGGUUCUCACAAACACACAGAACUCAGGGAUCACUGAGGUAACAUGGUGCUAAACAGAUCCCUGAAAACACAGAACGUUCCUCUGAUAUUCCUCAAAUGUUACUGAUUCCCAAGGGGUCUCUGAAUGUUAUAAUCUUUUGCCUUGAGGUUCCUCUGAAGUUCUGCUAUUCCCAAAAAUUCCCCUAAGGUUCUUCAAAGAUUGCCCUAACGUUUCCAAAAGGAUCCCUUAUGGUUUCACGUAAGUACCUCUAAGAUUCCAUUAUGGUUGCCCAAGGCUCCCCCAGGGUUCCCAUAAAGUUCCUCUGAGGUUCCUCUAAGGUUCACCUAACCUCUGCUAAGGUUGCCCCAAAUUUUGUCCAAUUGCUUUAAGAUUCGAUAAAAGUUCUUAUAUGGUCCCUGUACCAUUUUCCUAAGGUACUCCUAGGUUCCUCCAAGGUUUCACUAAGGUUGCGCUAGGAUUCCUCCAAGGUUCCCCAAAGGUUCCUCUAACAUUCCACUUGGGUUCCCCUCUAAGGUUCCCUUAAGUUUCCACUGAGGUUCCACAAACGUCCCCCCCAAGUUUUUCUUAAGGUUCCUCUAAAGUUCCCCUAACGUUCUCCUGAUGUUCCUGUCUGUUAAAAUAUCUGUUAUUGAAAUGAGUUCUGCAUGCUUUCUGAAAUGUUUUCAAUAUAAAUUACAUUUGAUUUCCAAUAAAUUUCCAAUUUCAAUAAGUCGAUCAGUUUAAUUUCCUACAGUGUGUGUGUGUGUUGACAUCUACGCUGAAUAAUAACCAGCCUCUUAUUGAUUUAACUGCUUAUUAAUGACACAGAAGUAUUAAUAACUGUAACAGUGACAGAUAGACUGAUCAACAGACCUGAUCAAACAGUUUGAUCUGUGAAACAAGUCAGAAACACAUUGACUGCAGAGUUAAACUGAUUAAACUUGUGUUUAAUAUCAACUGAAGUUUCAAACUGUUUUAUCUCUUUGUUGUUUUCAGGGAUAAAGUCGCUGUUUAUCUUCUUUUUUUAUUUGAACACAAAUAGAAACUUUCUGCUGCCAAAGAACAGUUCCUGUUUGACUCACGUUACCUGUCAGACUGUCAAUCAUUCAACAGGUGUGUGAGAAUCACCUGAACUCGACAAAUAACCAAUAAAAUCCAAUGUAACCACA